AUGGCUGUGCAUGACUGCAGCGUGUUACUUAAUGGUAAAAACGUGCGCUGGCUGUGCGGAAGUAAUUAUCAGUUGUACAACCCAGUGAGAGAAGAGUGUAUCAAUGGUCAUGUGUUUGAAAAGACGACCACGUCUGCGCCAAAUCACCUAUCAACUAUACAUAGCAGUCCCUUAGCGCAAAUAGAAUCCAUACCUGUCCCAGAGGAGAAACCAAGCAGAAUGUCUCGACAAACAUGCAGAGGCAAGGCUGACUUACUGACAUGUAAUGGGCACUUGUAUUGUGGUCGUAAUGAAGGUUACAGAUGUUGUGGAUUUGAUGUCUACCAGCCUAAAUCACAGACAUGUUGCCGUCAAACAAGCGCAGAAUUCAAGAUCUAUGAUGACAAGCCAGAGAAAAGACACAUGUGUUGCAAUCUAGAUGUCCAUAAACGAGGGUCACCUAACGCCACAUGUCAACAUCCGGCCGCCAAUGACAAGUUCUUCCAAAAGCCCAGAAGGUUGAAAAGCGACCAGAGAAUAUGCCACGAAUCUUCUUACGUUUUUCGAGUAGAUAUUACAAAACAAAAGAAAGGACAAUACCUUACAGCUGAUGUUAGUCUGUGGAACUGGCGCCCGGCAUCGACUCGCGGAAAGCUGCGUAUGAAAAAAUCUCCAACGCGUAGGAAAGAGAUGGAUAUCAAAUUAGAUAAAUUUAGCAAAAAGCGAAAUAUAGUUAGAAAAAGUUUUAUAGUAUUUUCAAAGUAUAACUACUUAAAGGAUUCUGUUUUAUUUCUUAGAGCAAAUGAAGUUCUAUAUAAAAGUCCUAAGAGUCACAAAAAAAUUGGUACGAAAAUUGCGGAAAUUCCAUGCAAAAUGCAGGAGCUAACACAUGAAUGAUGUACACUAUGAAAAUAAUUGUUAUUUAUGUGGAUUUUAGGGUACAAAAUGACCAAAAAAAAAAAAACAACAACAACAACGGAAUUGUAGACAGAAGCAUUAAGGAAAUGUAAAUAGUGUAAAUAGUUGCAAAAAUAGAUUAAACAUGUUUAGCUGCCUAUCUAUUGAUACAAUUCAAAGUAGUACAACAUUGAAUAGCGCAGGUGAUCUAAAUUGCUCACUUGUUACUCGAUUACUGUUACACACACACUAUGUUUUUCAGUUUUGUCAAUCAGUUGUAUAUAGUUAAUGAUAUACUCUUUAAACUAUGAAUGAUCAUGCAUUGUAAAACUUCUUUCAGUUUAAGUUCAUUACUUUUGUUGUUACAAGUUAUUUACUUUUGUUUCAUGACGUAUCGGGCACUGAAUAUAGUGCAUGUAUUUCUAUGUAUUGUUUUCGUUUGUACAAAGCUGGCUUUAUCUGUGUUAGCUUGUUUCUAAAUAUGUCGUCUUUCGAAUUUUAUUAGUGUGCAAACAGUCACACUUUUGCCAUAAUACGGAAUACUCAUCGCUCCACUAAAUUAAUUGUACAUCUUAUAUUUUAUAUUGCUUUACCGAUGCAUUAAAGUUAGCAUCAAAUAAUAGUUAAUGAUAGGUAUUGAUUCUGUAAACUGUACCGACAUACAGAAACUUCUUUCUUGCAAAAUGAAUACCCAAGAAAAAUAUCAUAAUUUUUAAUUUAAGGCUACAAGAAUAUGAAGAUCUUUUUAAUAUUCCUACCUUUGGUGAAUAUUAAUGAUAUUUCAUAUACUGUUCGAUAUUCAUAUAUUUAUUUUGUAACAUUACAUUUAAUAUUUGUUUUUCAAUUUAUGUACUUUGUACAAUUAAUGGAAUGAUUCUAUGUCUGUCUAUCAGUUAUGCUAACAGAAGACAUGUUAUUGCAUCUAAACUAUACACAAAAUGUACAUACUUUAUCAUGUACAUUAUAUUUCUUGUUUGACAGGUGACUUAUAGGCCCACUGGGCCGGGUGCUUGCUUUCUUGCCUUUGAAAGUUUAUGUUUAUAAAUAUGUACUACACAUGUCACUAUAAUAAAAUAUUUACUAUCUUAUUGUUAAUUUUUUCGAAAAGCUACAUAGUAUUUGUGAUAGCACAAAAUGUUUCACUUUUCCCAGGCUAAUAAAUCCUGUUGUCAACCUGCUGCUUAAAAGGCACUAAUUGUAUGACAUGUUUUCAAAGUAAAAUAGAUAAUUGAUUUGUCAACAACAGGAAAACCCAAGUAUUAGACUUAUGCCUUCUUUACAGGCAGUACAUUCUCAGUACUGUAGAAGAACUUCUAAGCUGAUACAAAAUAAACUAAAUUAUAUAUUUCAAACAUACUCCUGAAGAGUUAUCAAAUAUACCUGGAUGCUAUAGCACUGAAGUAAUCUAGAGGUAGAUCUAUGAAAGAUCGUCCGCCUCGCAAGCGUGUGUCGGGAUCAGGUCCGCGAUAGGAUCAUAGUACAGACUUAACAUUCUAUUUGCUUGACGCUCAGCUAAAACAUGACAGUUCAACAACUUGUCAGCUUACGUCAGUAUAAUGUGAGUGGUAUUCCAGUUAGGCCGAUCUAUACAGAUGGGCUCACUCCUUCAAAUAUACUCCGUCGUUACAUGAUUGAUGGGCCUAAGCUUGCUAAAACAUUUUCAUUUUCAAAUGUUGCUAAACAUUUUCUUUUUUUCUUUUUAGUGUGUAACUGCGUUAAAAUUUAUGUUGUAUGUAAGAAGAUAAGUAUAAAGUGAACUUUUAGAACUGCAUAUCAUUUUUACCAUUUUCUGUCUGAUACAACAAAGAGGAAAGUAUAGCACCCAACUGUAAAAGUCCUGAAUACCAAACAUGCAUUAAAAUAGCCUGAUGAUAAUCUCUGUUAAUACAACAUUUUAUAAUUUUACCACUGAACAAUUGAAAAAUUUCCAUGACCAACAACUUUACGAAGCUGGUAAAUAACAUCUCCAUCGACGUCAGGUUUGAAUAUACUUUGUCGCAGAAUUGUUUUCAUAUUACCAUAGAAUUUAAAUCAAAUUUUGUUUAAAAAUGAGAGAGAAUGCGUUGUCAUAGAAAUAUGAGCCCCGCGACAUAUACAUUUUAAGCAUUUGUGAGAAAACUUAUGCACAUACUAAUACAAAUAUCAACUAUGCAGGCUUCUACGGAAAUGCAAUGAAAAAUGUUUCAUAUCCAUAGUUUCCUUUUUCUUUCAAUAUAAAAUACCUAUGGAGAGUCAUGUACUUCAAACCUAAAUACAGUUGUGUUUCAGGCAACAGAGAAAAACGAACUUAACAUUGUAGCAGCUAAAACAUUAAAUUAUACGAAAUACAAUAGAUUGCCACGGUUCCAUUAAUUUGAAUCUACCCUGCUGACAAUCUUUAACGAAAUUUGACGGAAUUUUGACAUUAAGGUACUGUGCACAAAUUUUACUGUUUAAUCAGUGGGUAGGUGUUUAAACAUUCCGUAACAUUCCAACCUACUGAUUAAUAAUGAAGCACCCUUUAAAAGGUAACAAUGUUACGUGCUACCCUAUAGUAUUGUCCUCGUUCCAUUCAGGCCAAUGUAAAGUUGUAAACAUGUUGUAUACUGUUAAACGUUAAACAUACUUAAGUUUAUAUAAUAUUUCAAAUCUAAAAAUGUGUUUGUUUGAAUUUAUCUGCACUUAGUAUAUUAUCUAGCCGUUUUCCACUAUGCAUUUUGAAAGAUAUUACUUAGUAUAUUAGCGGGCCGUUUUCCACUAUGCAUUUGAAAGAUAUUGCUUAUUUUUUCCACUUUCGUGGAACGUGUGCAUUUUUGUUAAUCUAAAUUUUGUUCUAUUUUUAAGCCCAGAUUGUAUUUGUUUGUGAAAAACAAACAUGAGAUUAUGCGAGAUCUCCACUUUAAAAACAAUUUGAUAAUACCUAUCCCAAGAAUGCAAACAUGUUUAAAUGCGGUUAUUUAAGAUGCUGGUAUUCCAAUUAUUUUGAAUGUCACUCAACAACAUAUUUGUUUACUUUUGAAUACUAGCACAACCUUUAGUUGAUAUGUUUCUAAUGCUUAGUCUUAUGAUCAGGUCUCCAACCAUUACAAAUAACGUGUCACGAUAUAAUUAUAAAUGAUGUUAAAAUAAAAAAAGUGGAAACACUUCAGGUCGCCUAACAUAACAAAAUUGGAAACGUUUUAAAGGUAUCCCAUAAUAGAAACCUAUAUAAAAAAGCCCUUAUAUUGACCAGAACAUUUAAUGAAGAUGAGCGCUUUCAGAUGUAACGUUUUAUUUUCUGUUUUCCUAGUAUGUGGAUAUUUGCGAACAGAAGAUAGAAAAUUGCGCUUGCUGUGCGGACAUAAUUUACAGUUGUACGACCCAGUGAUAAGAGAGUGUAUCAAUGGUCAUGUGUUUGAACGGACAACCACGUUAGCACCAAAUCACCUAUCAAUUAUACAGAGCAAUCUGUUAGUGCAAACAGAAUCCAUACCUGUUCCAGAAGAGAAACCAAGUAGAAUGUCUAGAAGAAUGUAUAAAAGUUCUUAGAGUCACAGAAAGAUGGUACGAAAAUUGCGAAACAUCCAUGAAAACUGCACGAGCUAACUCAUACAUGAAGAAAACUGUGUAAAUACUUGUAAAAAGUAGUUAUUUGCUAACGUUUAAAAAGGGAAUUGUAUAGAAGCGGUAGUAAAAAGUUGCUAAAAUAGCCUUUAUGUGUUUUAGCUGCCUUUUUAUUCACGCUAUUUAAAGUGAUACAACAUUACAUUAUAUAACAGGUGAUCUAAACACUCGCAGUAUAUUUUCUUUUGUUACGCGAUCCUAUAUGCCAUUUAAAUAACUCAGUUUUGUCAAUUUGUUGUGUAGUUAAUGAUAUACUCCUUAAACUGUCAAAAACCCAACAUUGUAAAACUUCUUUUAGUUUAAGUUCUUUACUUUUGUUUCAUAACGUAUCGGGCAGUGAAUCCAUUUCAUGUUUUUCUAUAUAUUGUUUUCGUUUGUACAAAUCUAGCAUUAUAUUUGUUAGUUUGUUUCUAAAUAUUUUACUUUUUGUAUGUCGUUUUUCGAAUAAUGUGUUCUCAUAAAGCAUUUUAUUAGUUUGCAACCAGUGGCAGUGUUGACAUAAAACGAAAGACUCAUCGCUUCACUAAAUUAAUUGUACAUCUUAUAUUUCAUGUUCUUGUAAAUAUUAAUGACAAGCAUUGAUUCUGUACACCUUACUUGGAAUGUACAGGAUGUUUGUUUUCUAAAUUCAGUAAUAGAUUGGUAAAAUGCUUUGAUAACAUUCAUUAAUUUUUUUUGUUUUAGUUGUUUGUGUGAUUUUAUUUAUGAUACUUUACUUAUGCGUAGCUUCAAGGAAAAGUUUUCAUAGCUCAAUUAUUACAGUUGAAACACUUUUUACUAUAAAUACUUGAGAGCUAAUGUGUUCGAAAUUUUCAUCUUGUGAAGAAUUUUCAUUCUUGUGAAAUAUUCUUAAAAUCAAACUUGUGAAUAUAAACGACAUUUCAUAUACUAUCUGAUAUCAUAGAUUCAUUCAUUUUGUAACAUUACAUUUAAUAUUUGUUUUUCACUUUAUAUGUACUUUGUACAAUUAAGGGAAUGAUUUUAUGUCUAUCAGUUAUUCCAACAGAAGACAUGUAUUGCAUAUAUAACUAUAUGCAAAUGGAAUAUACUUUAUCACGUACAUUCUGUUUCUUCUUUGACUAGGUGACUUAUAGGCCCAUUGGGCCGGGUGCUUGCGUUCUUGCCUUUGAAACUUUAUGUUUAUAACUACGUACUGCACAUAUAACUAUAAUAAAAUAUUUAAAAUCUUAA